AAAAAAUAAUAAUAAUAAUAAUAAAUAAACAUGAUUGCAUUCAAGAGCUGACAAUAUUUUACUAAAAAAAAAAUAAUAAAAAAUAAUAAUAAUUAAAAAAAAGCUUUAAUUUUCAAGAAAGUGCGUGCAGUGAAAGUGCUGAUUAUUUGGUGAUUGAAUCCCUUGACACUGAGAAGCAGAAAUAGCGUGGCCCAGCCCGGACCAUUGCGCAAGAUGAGGAGGAGAAGCUCCCAGCCCCGGAGAGGAAAUUGCAACAUCCAGUUUCUCAAAUGUUCCUGUGAGUAUGGAGAAGUUCUGACUGCGUGUCGGCGAGAUGACUUCCACUGGAAACAGAGAGUUUAAAUCUUCUCCAGGCUGUGCUCAUGGACGAGUUACUGCUCCUGUAACCGAAAGACGCUCACACAGUUUGGAAAGUUUCUCUCUGUUGAAACCGUGGAACGGAACCUAUCGGGAGAAACCCCUGGAAUAAUAGAGACAUGGCUGUGGGAUUUAUUGCUCUGCUGACUUUGGCAUGGACCAUCAGUGUUGGUGCGGCAUCAGAGAAUGAAACAGAAGGCCUGGAUUUAUGUAUAGACCACGGCGUACUGUUUGACCGUGUGUUUGCAGUCCCACAUGAGGCAGCGUUAUUAGACUGUGAAUUGGUGAAGGAGUAUUUCUUCAAUUAUUUAAACAUCCCUUAUAACGUGACGUGGUAUGACCAGAGGACUGGCCAGGAGUUCUCAGGACAGGAGAACCAUGUUGUACUACGUGGGGCUUCGCUGUUGUUCCUCAACAUCACCAUGAAACACCAGGGCCAUUACUUAUGUAUUGUCAGAACUCCAGAGCAGUGCUACAAGCAGGUGAGGGUUCUUCUGGUGGAAGAGAUGGUGUUUGGAGCAUGUCGCCGUCCUCAGGCAGCACUGCAGCAAAUGCAGAGUCACGUGAACGACAACCUGAGGUGUCCUUUAAGUGACUACACCGGAAUAGUGGACAGCUACUCCAUACGCUGGUACAAGGACUGUGAGCUUCUUCAGGAAGGGUCCAGGUUUCAUGAGAAUGAGCUCAUGCUCCACGUCCGCCAAGUUUCUCCCAACGAUGCUGGAUUUUAUACCUGCAGGAUGACCUUUAACCUCAGUGGAAUCAUUGGAGUAGUUGCAGAGACCAUUGAGUGUGGCAUAACCGAGAAGAGAUCAAAAAGACCUCAAAUGCUCGAGCCCACUGAUGACACCAUGAAAGUAUAUCCAGGUUCUCCGGUUAACAAGACAUGUCGUGUGUUUGUACCUGUCAAAGGGGUUCAUAUGACGGUGGUAGUCUGGGUGUUUAAGGGCACGUACGUCUCCCCAAACACCUCCGAACGCAUCUACCAGGGACCUCAAAUGGAGCUCCAGGAGGCUGAGGGUUGGUGGGUGGAGCGCAGCUUGUUGGUGUCUCAGGCUCUUCCAGAUGAUUUGAACUUGAACUUCACCUGCAUGGCCUUAAGCCACAGAGGAAGUGCCACUGGCUACUUUAUACUUCAGCCUGCAGAUCCUAAUCUCCUCUUGCCGAUUGGACUUCUGGCCACCACAAUCGCACUUCUUUUCAUCUUGGGACUUCUUUUGUAUAGCGUGUUUAAGGUGGAGCUUGCUCUGCUCUUCCGGACCCUGUUUCCUUUCUUUUAUGCAAGCACGGAUGGUGACGGGAAGCUGUAUGACGCCUAUGUGCUAUAUCCCCGAAUUCAAGGGGACACUUUAAGUGAAGCUGUUGAGGCUUUCGCUGUAAAGACACUGCCUCAAGUUCUGGAGGGACGCUAUGGGUACCGGCUCUUCAUCUUUGGUCGGGACAGUCUACCUGGACAAGCUAUGGCAGACAUGGUGGAGGAGACGAUGAAUCUCUGUCGUCGACUGUUGCUGCUAUACACCAGCUCGUCUUUAAGCAGAGCAGAGGGUUCGUCAUGGUUCGAGCAGCAGGCAGGCCUCCACCGUGCCUUACUGGAUGACUCACUCUCUGUGAUGCUGCUGGAGAUGGAGAAGCUCAGCGAUCCCUCCAUCCUCCCCGAAUCACUGCGUCUCUUGCUUGAUAAGCAGGGGGCACUACAGGCCUGGGAGAAGAGGAGGAGGUGGAGGUGCAGAAGGUUGGAGGAAGAUGGAGAAGACGAUGAAACAUCUCUCUCUUCGUUUACUUUGUCCGCUCGCUUCUGGAGGAAAGUGCGCUACUACAUGCCGGUGAGAGGCAAAGCCAAAAGUUAUCAAAAGAGAAAGUUGCUCCUGAACUUGUGAAUUGGGACUUGACCCGUGAAUUGUUGGUGCUAAGUUUCAACAAGAAACUGAGCUUGGGUAUGAGUGUGGUUAAAGUGUGCACUCGAAGGAUGGAGUGCUCACAGUACCUCAGUGUACUCUGACUGAAGGAACAGUGAGAUCACUCGCAAAUAAUAUUUGCCUGAUGAAAAAGCCUUGAAUAGGAAAGGAUGAAAGAACACAUAGAAUCUUUUGCUUUAAUCCUGGGUUCAUUUGUGAACUUUAGCCACACCUUCUGAUGAACCUUGGAAGCACAAGUGGCUGAGGUUUCUUAUUUAAAUGAAUCUUGCAGGAUUGCAAAUGAAACAAAUGUACAAACUGCUAAUUAUGAAGUAGCACAAUCAUCCCACACUCAUAUUUUUAUGCCACUUGUUGCACAUAUUUGCAAAAAUCCAAUUCAGCUUGCUAGCUGAUGUUAGCAGUCUUUUUGCUCCACUCUGGUGAGGAGAAUAGGUCUAGCAAAUGUCUGGUGUGAUUCCUUGAGUGUUAUGUUAACAUUUAAAAAGUUCUGUUAGCAGUAUUAGUUGGAUGAAUUCUGUAUAUGAUCAUACUGAUUUGUGGCACUGGCAAUUUGACAUAAGGUGAAGCACCUCACAAAUUUUUAAGCAAAUCUUUGAAGAGUCAUCAGAAGUAAAUGGCGCCUUUAAAACUUUUCUACUAAUCAGUUAAAGCAGUUCUACAAAGCGCUUUAAACUGUUUCUCAUUCAACCAUUCACACACACAUGCAAGGCAAUAGCUUGCCAUUGCGAGCAACCUUGGGGGAAAGUGUCUUGCCCAAGGACACUAGGACACUUUGGCAUGUGGAGACAUAAUGGCCAGGGAUCGAACCACCAACCCUCUGUUUUGACUCACUGUGUGUCACUGUGUGUAUUAUUACACUGUGUGUAAAUAUUCUCAGGGAGAUGUGAAGAACUGAUGGAGUAAAAAAAGCACCAUACACAUAAAGAACAUAUAGUACAUUUAUUAAGUACAAUUAAAUGCUCAUGUGCAUAAGUGGAUAGAAGUCCCACAUGAGUCCACAUCUGUAGCUGUGAUGUUUUGUAAAGUUUGGUACAUGCUGUUUGCUGCAUUGUUUUUUGAAAGGGUACUUAGAGACCUGAUCGUGUUUCACAGAUGCAGGUUUGGAUAAAUGGUCUGCACUUAUAUAGUACUUUUUUAACCUUAACAGUUCCAAAGUGCUUUACACUGGUUCUUAUUCACCCAUUCAAACACACACUAAUGGUAGUAGUGCUGCCAUGCAAGGGGCUAACUUGCCAUCAGGAGCAACUUGGGGUUCAGUGUCUUGCCCAAGGACACUUCAGCAUGUGGAGUAACAUGGGCCGGGAAUCGAACUGCCAGCUCUACGAUUAGUGGACAACCCGCUCUACCACCUGAGCCACAGCCGCCCCAUUAACAAGUCCACAUGUCCAUAUCAAAGUGCACACGUGAUUUUAUGCUUUCUGAACAGGAGGUUCAGGAAAGAGGGAGAUACAGAGAGAUACAGGGAGUAAAGACACCCCAUGGAAAUUGCUUUUUUAUUUAUUUAUUUUUUAUUUUUUUUUACAUAUUUGGACAAGCAAACAUUUGAUCCUCUUUGAAAUGGUGCCUAUUAAUACAGUUGAUACACUAUCAAAUGACACAUAAAAUUGACAUUUUGCUGUAAUUUUCACAAUUUAAAUGAACAAAAACAAACCAGUCACAUGUAAAAAAGUCAGUACACCCCUACAUUUAUCACACCUUCAAAUUAAUCAAAUUAGAAUCAAGUGUUCAAGAUCGGGAGCCAGUGUUUAGAACCUGCUUAGGGAGUGCAGGUGGAACUGGUCUUUUUAUACCCCUCUCAUAUCUAGUGUCUGGUGUUCCCUUUGCUAUUGAGCUGUGUGGUGUCAUCAUGAUAAGAUCUAAAGAGUUCUGUAAGGCCUUCAGAAAAAAGGUUGUGGAGUCUUUCAAGGGAUUUAAAAAGAUCUCCAAAUUAUUUAAAAUACAUCUGCCAAUUUAUCCAGGACAGGCUGUCCCAGCAAAUUCAGCCCAAGAGCUGACUGUCUGAUGUAAAAAGAAGUCUCCAAGAACCCCACAAUUUCAUCACAGGAUCUGCUAGUAAGUCUUACAACAAAAAGAGAUUACACAAAUUUGACCUGCAUGGGAGGCGGGCCAGGAAAAAGCCUUUGCAAGACUACAGUUUGCCAAUGAGCAUAUUGGUAAAGACCAGGCCUUUGAGAAUAACAGACCAAUCAAAGAUAGAGUUGUUUGGCCACAGUAACAGCAAAUAUGUUUGGCAUAAACCAAACACAGCUUUUCAGGAGAAGCACCUCAUACCAACUGUGAAGCACGGUGGUGGAAACGUUAUGGUUUGGGGUUCCUCGCUGUUUCAGGGACUGGACAACUUGCAUUCAUUGAUUCAACUAUGAAUUCUGCAUCAUAUCAAAGAGUGCUUGAAGAUAAUGUGAGGACAUCUGUCCGAAAGUUGAAGUUGAACCGAAAGCGAACCUUUCAACAGGAUAAUGAUCCUAACCACACUUGCAAAUCCACCAAAGAAUGGCUCAAAAAGAAGAAAUGGAGGGUUAUGGAAUGGCCUAGUCAAAGCCCGAAUUUGAAUCCCAUUGAAAUGUUGUGAGGGGAUUUGAAACAGGCAGUACAUGUUUAAACAAAGCUUUUUCCACAGAGGAAUAUCACAUAUAUUGAUAUUUCCGUUGAAUAAAUUAUUAUAAACACUAAUUUUCCUUGUGGUUUUGUUCAAGUAUAUCAAGAUGAUCAAAUGUUUGCAUAUCCAAAAAUGUCAAAAAAGCCAACAAUUUCCAUGGGGUGUAAUUAUUCUUUCACAUGACUAUAGCUUUUAAGCUACAUAUAACUUCUAUGUAAAUUGUGUCACUGAAAUGCUUUUCAUGCAUUUAUAUUUAAAUAAAGCCACUAGCAGCACAUUACGCUAAAAACAACCGAAUUAAGAUGUCAAACAAUCUACAUAUUACUUAGUAUGCACAAAUUGCAGAUUGUAAAAAUGAAAAGCAAACAUAAUCUUAAUGUUAGGUAAGUAAAAAUGAUCAAAAAUGUUUGCUUUUGCUUUUAAAUGAUAAAGCAGUAAUAGGGAGGCAUCAAGUACAAAUGUCUAACAACAAAACAGGAAACUGAAAACAUUCACUAAAGCAGAAUAAAAAAAAUUCACAGAAAACAACUCACAACAAAACGUCAUUGAAUAAUUGAUUUGUGUACAUAUUUGUUUGUAGUUGUAUAUAAGGUGAAAUAAAUGAUACUGUUCUUUGAUUUAGUUGACGGGAUUUGAAAGUGUGCUCAUGGCAUCUGUUUUUUUUUUUUUUAAAAAAAAGCAAUAGGGCUACUGGGUAUGCUUAAUAUCUGACAGAAUGAUGCACUUGUUUCUUUAACAGAAAAUCAUCUAAACUGUAGAUUAUAAGGAAGUAUGAGACGUGUAGCUUUUCUUUAUUUACGCUGGAUUGCUGUGCUGUAAUAAUGUACUGCUAGUAGCACUAAUUAAAAAACAAAAACAAACAAACAAACAAACAAAAAACCCUUGUACUAUAGUGUACUAAAGAGCACAGGUGUACACUUUGACUUUGAGAGAAUGGGAAUGGUGUGACUGUAUCCUGCAAAUAAAGUUUCCAUGUAACACUUUGCUAAAUAUACUUUGGCUGUUGUAUUGUUGAUUUUGCAGUACUAUUGUAUAUUAAAACAUAUACUGCAUUUAUGUUGGUUUUACCAUGUGACCCAGUGUGCCUGUGCUUCAGUAAAUCUAAGCUUGUCCUCUUUGUUA